AUGGUUGGUACAGCACCUCCUCCCAAUCUAAGCGUACAGGAGAGAUAUGCCAUCCUCCAGGGCAUGGCAGACGCUCUGCCCACGCACGCCCAAGGCGACGAAUCAUCCGAUAUUGCGUCGUCCUACGAGGUCAUCGCCCUGCUCGUCCAUGCAUAUCUCGCCUCUCUCGACUUCAGGCUAUGCGGCUUUGAUGAAGACAAGCCCAUUCCUGAAUGCGCUUCUCUCGCCCCUCGUUUACCACCCCAGUGGAACAACGGCUUCGGCUCGCUAUCAUUCGUCUACAAGCACAAGCAGUCUUCCAUGACCUUUGUCAUCCGCGUUGAUCGCAUGGGCUCAAAGGUCGAGAUCCGGGGCCUCGCUGUCGGUGCUGAGACCAUCCAGCGUUUCGAAUACAAGACUCAAGAAGUCGUCCAUGCUUCAAAACUGCCCCUACGCAUCAGCCUCGAUGCCGACGGAAACGAAGACCGGAGCGACCUCCCCGAGAAGCUGAUGGAGGUCUUGGCUGCAGACUUCAUCAUUGAUCGCAUUGUGUACGACACAAGAGUGCAGAUCGUGCAAAAGCUGAUUCCCAAGCUGCAAAAGGAGGGCUACGUCGAGACCGAGGAUGCCGAAGCGAAUGCUAGAGACGAGAGGCGCGCGCAGGAGGCUCGCGGCGAACGCAGGAAUCCCUGGGUACCCAGACCCAUAAGAGGCCCCGAUCCAGGACCUCCAUCGCCGACGCCUUAUCCUCAUCCUGGACUGCUGCCUGAUAACGCUCAUCGACGACCUCCGCCUGCUGAUUUCCCACCUCCCGACUUUGAAGACGAGCACCAAAUCAACAGCCCUCCUGGCCGAAUCAUGGGCGGGCUGAGGAUGCCUCCGAGCCACAUUGGCCACGACGACCUCAAUCCUCCUGGCCUUGGGCCUCACGAUCCGCUUCGAGGCUCAUUUACAGGCGGAGGUCUUCCCCAUCCCGGUGGCUUCUCAGGAAUGCACCCCACGUUUGACGAUCCGCUAUUCACGGGCGAAGGCGGCUGGGGAGGAGACGGACCGCACGGAUCCGGCUACGACCCACAGGCUCCUCCGGGGGCUAGAUGGGACCCAGUGAACCCUGGUGGCGGGCCGAGAUUCCCUGGCCCUGGAGGACGAGGUGGUGGCAGGGGAGGAUAUAACGGAGGAAGAGGAGGAUUUGGAGGCUAUGGCGGAGGCUAUGGCGGAGGCUUUGGAGGUGAUAUCAUCUAA